UUAAUUUUUGAAAAAGAAAAUAUAAAAGUUAAAAUAUUUUAAUGCUGGGAUUCUCUCUGCAAAACAGGAAUCAGUACUGAGAACUGAUUGCUUUUCUGGAACAGUCACUAUCUCUGAUUUACUUCCUAUUUUCAAAAAAAUAUAUAACAUACUUUUCAAGGUGAGCAACUGAAACAACAGCAAGCUGAACCCCCCAGGCUUGUGCACAGUAUUUGCGGGAUAGGCUCCAGACCCACGCAACCCUGACCGGGACAAGUGGUUAGCAAAGAUGACCACGCCCGCCUCUUGGAGACCAUCCCCCGACAAGAUGCUUCUCACCCAGACCACUCAGACGGACCCACUGAAGCCCUUAUUUGGUGGGGCACCAGUGCUGCGCCGCCAAUGCCGCAUGCUUUCCAAAGAUGGACGAACCAACGUGCGUAUCGCCCACGUAAGUGGUUGGGGUGCGCUCUACCUACGGGACCUUUGGACCACCUUCCUGGACAUGCAGUGGCGCUACAAGCUGUUCCUGUUCUCUGCUACUUUUGCUGGGACUUGGUUCCUCUUUGGACUCUUGUGGUACCUGAUUGCCUUCAUGCAUGGAGACCUGCUGGAGUUUGACCCACCAUCCAACCACACCCCGUGUGUGAGGCAGGUGCACACCUUGACCGGAGCCUUCCUGUACUCGCUGGAGUCCCAGACCACCAUUGGCUAUGGCUUCCGUUGCAUCACCGAGGAGUGCCCCGUUGCCAUAGUCCUCCUCAUCCUGCAGCUAGUUAUCACCAUGGUGCUGGAAAUCUUUAUUGUUGGCACCUUCCUCGCCAAGGUGGCUCGUCCCAAGAAGCGUGCUGAGACCGUGAAGUUCAGUCACCAUGCUGUGGUGUCCAACUAUGAGGGCCGACCAUGCCUCAUGAUCCGAGUGGCCAACAUGCGCAAGAGCCUCCUGCUCGGGUGUCAGGUGACUGGCAAGUUAUUGCAGACAUCUCUAACAAAGGAGGGUGAGACAUUGUGUUUGGACCAGAGGAACGUCUCAUUUCAGGUGGACACAUCCAGUGACAGCCCCUUCCUCAUCCUGCCCCUCACUUUCUACCAUGUGAUAGAUGACAGCAGCCCUCUGUUCGCAUGGGCGGCCAAGGGAGGAGGGUGGGUGGAACCUGAGCUUGGUGACUUUGAGCUACUGGUUAUCCUGAGCGCCACCAUAGAGCCCACCUCAGCCACUUGCCAGGUGCGCACCUCCUACUUGCCUGAGGAGAUCCUGUGGGGUAACGAGUUUGCCCCAAUCAUCUCUCUUGCACCCUCUGGGAAGUAUGUGGCUGACUUCACAUUCUUUGACAAGGUUACGAAGACUAAGAUCCCACCCCUCUUGAAACAAGCCCCACCCCCAAACACAACCCCUCACAUGCCCCAUUAUCCAAUCACAGGAGGGGUUGUGUUGGAAAGGGAGGAGGCAGAGAAGAUCACGGAACAGAGCUACAGGGAAACAGGAGAGCGCAACACCCUUAGAGUUCGGGUCAGCAAUGUAUAGAGAGAGAAGCCAGACUCUAUUGGACUCAAAUUAUUUGUGGCAAAGAUGGGAGACAAAUACAUAUGAAGUUCCUUUGUGUGGAAGCAUUUAUGCCCACUCAUUAUGACAGAUGCUUUCUGAUGCUCACAUACAUAAAAAGUGUUUAUCGAUCAUUGUGAGAACUUCAGAAUGACUCCUGCUUUGACGGAAUGAAUUAUUUCUAAUCCCAAUCAAACAUACGAUGGUUGGUAACUAACAAAAAAGGUAUGUGUUCAGUGAGGAAAUUCCCACAAAGUCUAUUUUUUACAUUUAUCAGUGUUUAAAAUUUUCCUCAGAUAUGUCCAAAUGAGGGGGGGGGACAGACGGACACAUAUAAAAUUGAAAAUUGUUCUGUGCAUUUAAACAAUUAUACACAGUAAUUAGAGCAUUCACAUGGACAUGUACACAUUCACAUACAUACAAGCAGACAAUAUAGAUUGUAUAAAUAUAUAGCACGUGCAUAAUGUGUGUAUACAAACCUGCAAAUCAUCUGUAAAUUUUGCAGUGUGCUACAAGAGGAAGACAAUGACAUCUGUUUUCAAUUAUUCUAUAAUGUACUUAAAAGUGGUAUGUGAAUUGAAACCAGUAAAUUUAGAGUAAAAAAUUUUUUUUUAGUUUUUCACAGUGACUUUGCACUUGCAGAUUGUGUAAAACGUUCCACA